CAACUGAUCAUGUGCGCCGCCUCUUCGUGGUCUAUCUCACUUAUUCGCCACUGGACUGUGCCCGCACGUACUCUCAAGCCUUGUCACGUCCUCAGAUAUGUUCCAGCCACCUCUCGGACCAUAGCCUUUACUGCUAUCAGCAGGAGCUCGGAGCCAGUACCGACAGCUCAAACUAAAGGAAAGACCAAGGAAUCUGUGGAGGCCGACGGUAGCAAGAGCGAAGCCAGUGGAGGACUUCCUUUCCUUACUCGUCCGUUGGGAGUGAGGGAGCGGCCUACUGCUGAGCGUAUGUCCUGGCGAGAAGAGAUGAUGAACCAGGAUGUAAGGCAGGCGCAUAGGGAAGCUCUUGUCAAAGAGGCAACAAAGGGCUACUUCUCAGACCUGGCUGCGACGCGACGACACGGCGGGAAGACAUGGAUUGCACCUCCAGUUCUCAUUCGUGAAGAAAAAUCUCUCUAUUUCCCAGACAUUGCCGGCACGACGCUAAGCGGGAGCAACAAGGCGCAUACGACGGACCUCUGUAUUGGCAAGGUGUCCGUCAUCACAGUGCUUUCGUCUAAAAUCUCGGAAUUGCAAGCAAAAAUGUUCACUGAGCCUACGUAUACCGCGUUUAAGGAUCACAGCCAUUACCAGCUCGUCCAGCUGAACCUACAGGAAAACCUGCUCAAAUCUAUGCUUGUCUCGCUAUUUGCAUCAGGGAUCAAAAAGUCAAUACCCAAGGAUCAGUGGGGUCGUUACCUCAUUACUAGUCAAAACAUGGACUAUAUUCGCGAAGACCUGGGGCUUCACAACAAGCACAUUGUAUACGUAUACCUCGUCGACACGGCGUGUCGUAUCCGCUGGGCAGCCUGUGGGGAUCCCCAGCCAGGGGAAAUCGAGUCGCUCCGGACGUGCGCUGGUGUCCUGUUGAAGCGGCUGCCAAAGUAAAGAGAGAACACGCGUACACCUCUUGCGCUAUCUCCGUCUACUAGGUAUCUUCGGAUUGAAUGAUGACCUCGCUUUACUCAUUUCCCUGCUGUGUUCUCACGUGACGCUGAAUGACAUCGUUUGCUGGCUCCCUAAGACCUCUGUAAAUAUACCCUCCACAUACUUCUACUCGCUGCCCAUGUCCUCGAGCCAAGUCGUGUAGCUACGGCAGUCAAUAACGUUAACGACUACUUG